AUGUCGUCGGCUGCAUUGCAAUCCGCGCCUAAUCAGACAGCUACCUCCGUCACCAUCAACUCACCGCCCUUGGUUGCCGCCUCGCCUGGCAGCCGCCACCAACACCCACAGCAGCAGCAACAACAGCAACAACAACAGUUCCAGCAAUCGAACCCCUCGCCUGCUCGCGACCCAUAUUAUGCGACCGCGCAGAACAGCACAUCCUCACCUUCGGCUUCCAAACGGCCGACUAGGAAACACAGCGGAAACGGCAGCGGCAAGGGAGACGUACCGUCCCAAAGCAACUCCCCAAUGAGUUCACGCGCGGCUCUCGCGUCCCCCAUCCCCGUCGACCCCUCCGACCAGUACCAGCAAUCCUCCUCCGACCGCCGCAAGAUGCCCGCCACCACGGUGCCACCUCGCACCUCAUCCCAGCAGACUGCCGGCGGCUCCAGCGGCGCCUCGACGUCGAGGAGAUCUGCAGCACAGGGUGCCGAUCGAUCGGCGUCGCAGCGGCACGCAGGGAACGACGUGAACGGCCAGGCGAGCGCGAGCCAGGCUUAUCAGGAUGAAGCCGCCGUUCACAGGUCUCGGAGCCGGAAGUCGGCACACACGGGUCCGGAGCAAUCGCACAAGACGAGCAGCAGCGGCAGCCACAGAGACUCCCGGGCGGCAAGUGGCUCGACCUCACUACCUAUCAGGUCGCAACAGACCUCAUCAUCCACACCCCAGGGGCCUUCCAGGGAAGCAAGCGAAAUCCUGAACAGCAUGCUGGUCUCACAGCCCGAGGUGGACAUUGAGCGAUCGCGCGCGCGCGAGGCGCUGGCACAACCGCACCCCACCGAGAACCUCGACGAUGACACGGCCUCACAACAAGUAGUUGCAAGCGCCGAACAGCACGGCGAGGAGACACGGCGUGGUGGUCGGAGCAGGCAUGACUUCAGUAAACGCGAGAAGCAUACCAAGUUCGGCGAGUACAUACUAGGCAACACCAUCGGUGAAGGCGAGUUCGGAAAGGUCAAGCUUGGUUGGAAACAAGAAGGUGGCAUCCAGGUCGCCAUCAAGCUUAUCAAGAAGGACCAGCUGGGGAGCAACCCAUCCCGAAUGGCCAAGAUCAUGCGUGAGGUCGCCAUCCUGAAGCAACUGACACACCCGAACAUUGUCCGAUUACACAAGAUGGAAGAGUCUGAGAGGCAUUUCGGCAUCAUCCUGGAGUAUGCUUCAGGCGGUGAGCUGUUCGACUACAUUCUGAACCACCGGUACCUCAAGGACAACGCUGCCCGACGUCUUUUCGCGCAACUUGUUUCCGGCGUGGGUUACCUGCACAAGAAGGGCAUCGUGCACAGAGACUUGAAACUGGAAAACCUGCUGCUGGACCGUAAUCGCAACAUCAUCAUCACCGACUUUGGCUUCGCGAACACGUUUGACCCGAUCGAAGAGUUGUCAGAAGAAGAGGAAAACAAUCUAAGCGACCGAGAAUUUGUCAAGCGCAUGGGCUUAAAUCAGCUGAAGCCCAACGGAAUGAGGAAGGGUGAUCUCAUGCAGACGAGUUGUGGAAGCCCGUGCUAUGCUGCGCCUGAAUUGGUCGUUAGCGACUCCUUGUACACUGGUCGAAAAGUUGACGUCUGGAGCUGUGGGGUUAUUCUGUAUGCCAUGUUGGCAGGCUAUCUACCUUUCGACGACGAUCCCGCAAACCCAGAAGGCGACAACAUUAACCUGCUCUACAAAUAUAUAGUCAACACCCCGCUUACCUUCCCCGAAUAUGUCACUCCUCACGCACGAGACCUGCUGCGGAGAAUACUGGUCCCGAAUCCUCGGAAACGUGCCGAUCUGUUCGAAGUGGCCCGCCACAGCUGGCUCAGCGAGUACGCCCAUGUGGUCGAAUUCAUCACGAGUAGCACCACCACUCCCGGAGAGAUCCAGAACACGACUGUGCCCGCUGAAGACGAGACGCCAAUGGUCGCCCGCAGCGCAUCUGUCCGAGAAGCGCACAAGAAGAACACGGUUGGACCAUCGAUUGGCGGCCUGACCAGCAAGCAAGGCACUGUUGACCCAGAUACCGAGGCCGCGAAUUCUGCUCGCCAACAGAGAGACAACAAGCGAAGGACGGUACAGGUUGAAUAUGUUGCGCCCAACACCCAGACACAGCGUGGCGAGCAGGCGAGCGCGCAAGGCUCAUCAUCGAAGACUAGAGCCCGGUCAGGCAGUCAGGGCCCUGUUGAGGUUCAGUCGUCCUCCGCAAACGAGAAGCCACUGCCCCGCGAUCCGCCUGUGACAAGGGAGUCAUAUGGUCCGCCGCAAAUGUCCUCGAGGAGGCCUCCGAGCGCACAUCUCAACAACCAGAACCUGGUGCAACCGUCGAGACCGAGCCGUGAAGCCAUCCGGGCAGCUUCUGACGGUCGACCAGCCUACCCGGAACCUUCCUCCAACGAGGACCAGGGCUCGGACUACGGUAGGCCAAGCGUCAACACGCCGUCCAAACUCUCCAGAGUCAGUGGCUACACCGGGGAGGCCGAUAGCACCGACUCCAGGGGCCACAGGCGAUCGAACACGAUCGGUGAUAUCGGCAACAAGAUCUUCGGCCGAAGCGGGUCUGUGUUCGGUAGUAGGAGUAACCGCAAGAGCCAGCUUUCUUCCGGAGAGAAGUCCAAGAAGUACCCUCCGGUCAGCAUGACCCAGCCUAUCUCCGACGAUGGUCCCAUUCCGUCGAUGGACUCGAAGCGUUCCCGCCGCUCUUUCUCACUCGGUCUUGGAAAGAAGAAAUCCGGAAGCAUGAACGGGUCACAGACGUCAUUGGACAAGCAGGCAAACAGGCGGUUCUCAUUGCUUCCCAGCUCGUUUUCCCUCAAGGCUAUUGGGCUCGGUAAGGAGUACGAGCAAGAGCCCCGUGACUCGCAGCGGAGCCUGCCGAUGCAGGAACCGCCACAGGUUGACGACCAUGGCCGCUAUGUGGAACAGCCCGGGGCGCCCGAAGCUGCCGACAUAGACGGAAUGUAUGCUCAACUGCAGGGUUCUCAACAAUCUCAUCGUCGGGAGCCGAGCCAGGGUCAGCGGCAAAACAGGAACAGCUCGAACCCCUACCAGAGCAGGCGGCAGGGUGGUAUCCCGUCGCACAUGCAACAAGGCGCGGUCCUGAAUAGCGCUUCAGAUUCGUCCAUCGAGAAUGCACAGCGACCGACGAACCAGACGAGCUAUCCCGAAGAGCAGCAAGGCAAGGACAACAGGAGAGCCCCCAGCCGGGGAACCCGCGGCAUGCUGCAAAAGAACAAGCGAUUCGUCGACGCCUACGACAAGGACGAAUACUCACGACACGGUGGCCACGACCAUGCUGGUAGUAGUGGUGCCGCGAGGCGAGUCAUGGAUUUCUUCCGCAGGAGAGGGAAGGACAGAGGCGGCGAUGAGCGAUGA